UAAAUGAAGGAAGAGUGCGAACCAUUUAGCCUGGGAAAAUUGUAUCCAGAUCUUGAUUUCGACCGACUACAUCUCCGUUUCGAAUAUAUCUAUACCCGUUUCAAAUAUCUUUUCGCUACCACCAUCACUCAAAUUGCCUUCUGCCUCUCUUUUUGUCCUCCUUCUCUCUCUGUACCACCAUGAGGACCCCUUCAAUCUACAGUCAGGAUGACCCCCUCACUGAGGCCCUCAAGCCUCCAGAAUCUGAAACUGAACUCGAAAGACGAGCUCGCCUUGAGGAGGAAGCGGAAGCCAAAAGAGUGUCCGAGCAAAUUGAUGAGGAACUGCGAUUAGAAAGGGAAAGUAUGAAGAGGAAGAGAGGCGAUGUCAAGCUUCUGUUGCUCGGUCAAGCGGAGUCUGGCAAGAGCACUCUGCAGCGACAAUUCCAGCUUAUGUAUAAACCGCAUUCACUCGAGCAGGAGCGGGCGUCCUGGCGCACAGUCAUCUACUUUAACGUCGUACGCUCAAUAAAGCACAUUCUCAAUACAUUAGAGUCUUGGGAUGACUAUAUAGACGACGAUAUGGCCCUUGAUAGCCCUACCUCGAAAUACAUGGGAGGUUCUCGAUCCGCAUCUCCGUUUCAGGGCAACGCAGCAACCUCUCGCUCUACUAUUGCAAGCCUUCGGAGGCGCCUUUCCCCACUGGUAACGACUGAUACAGCACUCGCUGAUAGACUUAGCGGAGGUAUCACCGUUUCAGGAUCUGGGAAAGGUGGUGUCUUCGUUCGAAGUGGUUGGCAGGCGCGCACCAUUGAAAACGCAUUGGGACGCAAACGUGGCCGGGUUUCAGAUGAACUUAGUCCCAAGAAGCCUGAUGAAAUCCAAGAUGUUCUUGUGCAGGAUGUCAGUCGUAUGCUCGACGCAUCGAAGGAUGACAUUCGUGAGCUGUGGGCUCAUCCUACGGUCAAGGGAUUAAUUGUGAGAAGGAGAUUGAAAUUGGACGAGUGGUCGGAAUUUUUUUUGAGGCACAUAACCCGUGUUGCAGCCUCUGACUACGUUCCUUCCACCGAUGACAUUCUUCAUGCUCGUAUUCAGACCAUGGGUGUCGCAGAGCAUAUUUUCGAUGUCAACAUUCACGGAAAAUCCGUUUCCUGGCAUCUGUUCGAUGUCGGCGGUGCUCGCGGACAACGGCACACUUGGGUCCCGUAUUUCGAUGAUGCAAACGCGAUUAUCUUUGUAGCACCUGUUAGCGCAUUUGAUCAGUAUCUCGAGGAAGAUCCUAGAACAAAUCGGAUAGACGACUCUCUCCAACUAUUUACUCAAAUCUGCUCCAGUCCCCUUUUGAAGAACGCACAUCUAGUACUUUUUCUUAAUAAGACAGAUCUUCUGCGAGCCAAAUUGGACAACGGACUCAGAGUCCAGAAAUACAUCACCUCUUUUGGAGAACGGGCCAAUGACUACGAAACUGUCGUCCAAUACUUCCGAGCUCAUUUUCUUCAGGUACACAGGCGAAACAACGAAAACCGCAGGGUUCUCUAUACUCAUUUUACCAGCGUCGUGGACACCAAGGCCACGCAGCGUAUCAUUGGAAACGUACGCGAUUCCAUUUUCCGCGGAUACCUGCAGUCAGCUGCACUGGUAUGAAAUGCUUUCGUCAGUUUUUUCUCGUGCUUCUCGCGAAGCCGGAGGCCCACAUCUUUCUACGAACCCCGUCUCUCUAUCAAGCUGUCGUUAAUCGUAAUUGUCUUCUCCGCUCCUCGCAACGGAGCUUUCU